CCUCUGCAUCUCCUCAUGAUGGAGACCUGAUCACAGUGAGGUGAGUGCCGGCAGUCAUGUCCUCUGUAACGGCUGUCUCUGCCUGCAGUCAUGUCCUCAUGAUGGAGACCUGAUCACAGUGAGGGGCCGCCGCCUGCGUGACUUUAUCGAUCUCAUCUGGUUCCUGGAGAUGGAGGAACAGUGCAAUGAAAUUAAGAAAACAGGCCAAGACAAAGACCCUGCACUUGAAGGUCGGCCACGUACAAACUCCAACGCCGCAGAACAGCAGAAUAAGGGGGAGCUGCUAGAUGCACCAAAGACAGCUGAUGGAACCCUCCCAAAUGAAGAAAGUGCAUUAUUAAACAGCGACAAUCAUCUGCAGAAGGGACAUAAAGCCACAGCAUGUCUAAAGAUAAAGAUGCUUUGUGCUUGUCCUCCACAUGGGCUUCUUUCUGUUACAAUUACUAAUGUUAUCAUGAUAUUUUUAAUCUGGGCGGUCGUAUGGUCCAUCACAGGUCCCCAGUGUUUGCCUGGUGGAAAUUUGUUUGGGAUCUUCGCUCUGCUUCUCUGUGCUUUCAUUGGUGGCAAACUUGUUGGACUGAUUAGGAUACGCAGUCUACCCCCACUACCUCCAUUACUAGGUAUGUUACUUGCUGGCUUCCUUAUACGAAAUAUUCCAUUUGUCACGGAUCAAGUCCAAAUCAGUUACAAGUGGUCUGCUGCCUUGAGAAAUAUUGCUUUAGCAAUCAUAUUGACGCGUGCCGGGCUUGGGCUGGAUCCAAAGGCCUUGAGAAAACUGAAGGCAGUGUGUUUACGGCUUUCUAUUGGUCCCUGUGCCAUUGAGUCUUGUUCAGCCGCGCUGUUUUCUUACCUUCUGAUGGGACUGCCGCUGACAUGGGGAUUUAUGUUAGGUUUUGUUUUAGGUGCUGUAUCCCCUGCUGUUGUAGUACCUUCUAUGCUACUUCUACAGAAAGAAGGAUAUGGGGUAGAUAAGGGGAUACCAACACUGCUUAUGGCGGCUGGAAGUUUUGAUGAUGUCCUCGCAAUAACUGGCUUCAACACAUGUUUUGGCAUGGCCUUCUCAUCAGGCUCCACAUUUAACAGCAUCAUCCGGGGAGUGUUGGAAGUUGUUGUUGGCAUCGCCGCAGGAAUUCUCUUGGGGUUCUUCCUUCACUACUUUCCAAGCAAAGAUCAAGAUAAGCUGAAAUGGAAAAGGUCGUAUUUCCUUAUGGCAUUGUCUCUGUUUGCAGUGUUUGGUAGUCUUUUCUUUGGCUUUCCUGGUUCUGGUGGACUGUGCACAUUGGUGAUGGCUUUCCUGGCAGGCAUUGGUUGGGUUGGAGAAAAGGCAGUGGUUGAAGACAUAAUUGCAGUGGGGUGGGAUAUUUUCCAGCCAUUGCUCUUCAGCUUGAUUGGAGCAGAAAUAUCAGUUUCUUCAUUGAGGCCAGAGACUGUAGGAUUGUGUGUUGCCACCCUUGGAAUUGCAUUGACCAUACGAAUAUGCUUCACUUUUCUGAUGGUUACCUGGGCAGGUUUUAAUAUGAAAGAAAAAGUAUUUAUUUCUUUGGCAUGGAUGCCGAAAGCUACAGUUCAGGCUGCCAUUGGCUCUGUAGCCCUGGAUAUGGCAAGAAACACUGGAAACAAACAGUUUGAAGACUAUGGCAUGGAUGUGCUGACCGUCGCUUUCCUAGCUAUUUUAAUCACGGCACCAAUAGGGGCAUUGAUCAUUGGGAUGACAGGGCCAAAAAUGCUCCAGAAAUCAAACCUAUGCAUGGACCCAGAAGAAUCUGAGUUGGCAGACAACAGAGGAGAAGCCUGUGGCCCGGUCUGACAUACUCUUCUCCAAGCUGAACACUAGCACAGUUCUGAUGGGAAACCGCUUCUUUUUAUGACAAAUUUUUUCCUUGAUUUCUAUGAAAUGUAUUUAUUGAACACAAUCAAAAGAAAAAUAA